CUGACACCAUGUAAAGUACUUACUAGGGACCACUGCACCACCACCACCACCACUACCGUGACCACUUACUUACCACUUUACCUACCAACCAACCAACCACUACCGCUAUCCACCAACCGACGGCCUCCUCUUCCUUCUUCUCCUCCGUCCUCCUCCCUUCCUCCUGUUGCUCGACCUCCGAACUACUUCCUUACUCAUCCUGUUCCAUCCUGUCACACCCCCCCGUUGCCUUCCAUUCAAAUCCAUGCCCUAUUCCCGCUCAACCGUCCCGGAUGCUGCAAGGACUCUCCUCCCGCCGCCUCAAGAUCGUGUGAAGCCACCAUUGGUGCCAUACGUGGUGACCAUGGACCUCAACAAGCGGCUGUUCCAUCUCGACAUCGAGAAUAAGACCCAGCCCCAACCUCUCAACUUCUCCAUGGUAACGACACCCCCGGACGACGAUGACGAUGAUGAGGGGAAUCAUAUGAAACUCGACAGGGAGCCGACGCAGUCCCCUCCCAGUCCCGACAAUCGGCGCGUUGAUAGCCAUGGCAUGAGCGAGGUCAGCCUGCGGGAAUCCGACGCCGCUUUAAGUCGAAUUUAUCGCUUUACCCCCAUUCCCACCGUCAUCCUCGACUCUUCGUUAAAUGUCGUGGAGGUGUCCGAAUCCCACGUGGCAUUCGUCCAAUUAUCAAGGGACGCGCUGCUCGGCAGUUUCAUCUGCGAUGUCUGUCCUCGCAAACUGCCGGCCCUAGAUGUUGCUACUCUUUAUGGCGCGCUACGCGCCGCUAUCACGACGCAGGACGUCCAACUAAUUGACAAAAUCUGUAUAGACGAUAUUAGCUCCUACUAUAGUCUUCGCAUCACACCCAUCUUUGAAAAAUCUAAUCUGUUAUACCUGGUCCUUGAGGCACUCAACGUCACCAAGGACCUCACUAAAUCGGCGGUAGACACCCGCCGUUCCUACGUCAAUGACACUUACAAAGUCUUGUUGGAUACCGUCAAGGAUUACGCCAUCUUCAUGCUCGAUACCCGUGGCUAUAUUACAACCUGGAAUUCCGGUGCUGCCCUGCUGAAAGGGUACUCGGCCAAGGAGAUUAUCGGACAACACUUUUCCACUUUCUACAGUGAGGAGGAUCGCGUUGCGGAUAAGCCUGGAAAGGAGCUUACAGUCUGUCUCCGUGAAGGCAAGGUGGAAGAUGAAGGCUGGCGAUACCGCAAAGAUGGUUCGCGGUUCUGGGCGAAUGUGCUGAUCACGCCAAUGUACGAGCUGGGCCGUCACAUUGGCUUCACCAAAGUUACCCGAGACUUGACUGAGCGCAAUGCAGCGGAGACCCGCAUGAUUGCGGCUUUUGAAGAAUCAUCGAAAUUGAAGACCGAUUUUUUGGCGAACAUGAGCCAUGAGAUUCGCACCCCAAUGAAUGGCAUGCUCCUAGCACUUACAUCAUUGAUGGGCACUGAGUUGAACGAUCGACAACGCGAAUAUGCCUCUAUCAUCGAGGACUCUACCUCUGUAUUGCUCCAGGUAAUCAAUGACGUUCUCGACUAUUCAAAGCUGUCCUCCGGGUCUUUCACAUUACAUCCCGAAACCUUCAGUAUUGACGGUGUCACCGGAGCGGUGGUGCGCAAUUGCAAGGGGGCUCUCAAGCCUGGUGUUGAACUAACUAGCUACAUCCCGCCAAACUUUCCGAGCAAGGUUGAAGGUGAUCCGUUGCGGUAUCGUCAGGUCCUCCAGAAUCUAGUCGGAAAUGCGGUCAAAUUCACCGAGAAAGGAUAUGUUCAAGUCCACAAUUCUUUCUCCAACGACGCGGAGGAUCCCAAUGUGUACCAUAUCAUGACCGAAGUUGUUGAUACGGGAGUCGGCGUCCCCGAGGAUGCUCUAGGCUCGUUAUUCACGCCGUUUACCCGGUUUGCCGAGUCUGGGUCAAAGCGGUACCAGGGCACAGGACUUGGGUUGUCGAUCUGCAAGAGCUUGGCAGAACUAAUGGACGGGAGUGUUGGCUACCGACCGAAUCCAGAAGGACGCGGUAGUAUCUUCUGGCUGACCACCAAGAUGCAUCGCGUGAACGUGGCUGUGCCAAAUAGAAUGGCCGGGACACCGGUGGAGGAAGCCGGUGAUAUAGAACGGAAGGUCCAUGACAUUGCCCCUCACAAGCAUGUUCUGUUAGUCGAGGACAACCUGGUCAACCAGAUGGUCAUGCUCAAACUUCUCCAGAACAUGGGGUUUGCUCGAGUUGACACUGCCUGGGAUGGGGCGGAGGCCGUCCGGCUUGUCAAGCAGCAGCCUUUAUCGUACAAUACGAUCCUCAUGGACAUUAGCAUGCCAGUGAUGGAUGGUGUGGAGGCUACACGACAGAUUCGACACAUGGGGCUUGACAUGCCUAUCAUUGCGCUUACGGGGAAUGUUAUGGAAGGGGAUGCGGAUGAGUAUCUGAAUAAGGGAAUGAACGACUACAUUGGGAAGCCGAUCCACCAGAAACAACUCAUGCGAUUGCUAUGGAAGUGGAUGGGGACAUGACGCGAUGUUCACGGUCCCUCAAUCUCGCUCUCCUAGCAAAUGCGCGACUACGUCGAUCAUUCUGGACGUGCGGAAGCACGUGUUUGAUUGAAGAGUUUCAGUUAAACUCUGGCCGAGCAGCGCGGCGGAUUCGGGACGCGCUUCUGCCACAUCUUACAGUCCCGAAAUCUUCCCACAUCCCUUUCUCUAGAGGACACACAACGCUGGUCACUCUAGUAGCAAAGCAAUUUGUGGC